AUGGCAAGAAAGCGUUUUGUUGCAGCCCCAUUGUUUUGCCGUACCAUUACUGAAGGUGGAUUGACACCGGACGGGGAAGGGAGUUUUACACCGGGGGAGAGGAGCGUUGUGCAGUCGUUGGCGGAGGAGGCGGUCUUCUUAGCUAUUUCAUCCAAGAUCAUUUCAACCGCGGCAGUCAACAUUCAACAGUUGAAGUUCAACAAGGACAGCCUCAAGACCAAGUUCAAGAAGGACAAACUCCAACCACCGCAAGUAACAGCUAACAAGCAGAAGUAA